AUGGAAUUGAUCAGGGUUCGGUUUGGUGCUGGAACAUCGUAUGCGUCUUUUAAACAAGCUUUGGCCAAACUAUCGUGCAGAAACAUUUACAGGUGGGCGUAUUUACUGGAGAAAAUGAAGAAAAAGAAGACUAUGGAAAAGCUGGUCAUUAGAGAAGAUGAUAUGAUCGAUGAAAUUGAUAAAAUUAUUUCGGAUAUUAAUAAAGCUAAUAAAAUUUAA